AUGCAUUCCCCUCCCUUGCAGAACGACACGUCACCUCUAUGUCCUUCACCUCCACAUUCGCCGUGUCAAGCGAGCUUCGAUGGCCUAUCGAGGAAGGAUUCUUUUGCUGUCGUUACGACACAAGAAAUACCCAAUUGGGACAGUGCGGAAGAUGAAGAAUUGUCCGAGAGUGAUGGGGCGUCUGUCUGUAGCGACGUCUCAUCCGAUGACAGCUCUAGUUCCAUCGGUACGGCGGUCCCUGAAGUUGAAGACUUUACAGACAUAGGAAUCUCUGUCGAGGACAGUGUCAUACCGGAGCUUGAUGCGAAUGUGGGAUCUAUCUUUGAGGUGCCCAGCAUCUCACGACUGAACGAUGGAUCAUUGGAGAUCCUUGUCCGGACAGACUACCUCCCUACUUUGCAGCUCAGGCUCCAAGAGAUGCACCUCGGCUGUCUGGAUACGAAGUAUGACCCAUUCGAACCUCUUGAAGAGGAUGUGGAGUACUGGGGGCUUGAUCGAGCCAGGUAUCUUCAUGCCAUUUGGACAAUAGCCAGAGUCAAGAGGAUGAUUGAAUGCUCCUGGCUCAUUGCCCAGGUGUACUAUAGACAUUUCUUCAAGGAACUGGCCCCGAGGGUUGGCACUCGACUGGGCGAGAGGGAAGAAUCGGUGUUGAACCAGGCAAUGAUCGAUCUUACAAGGAUGAGCGAAUGGGUCUUGGCUUCCAUCCAUCUAGGAGCCUGGGAGAAGGGUGUUGUCCUCUAA